AUGCAAAAGAACACGCAAGAUAACGGAAACCAAAAUGACACAAUGAAAGAUAUGAAGGAAAAUAAACCAGAUGCAAAACAAAAUGACAUAUAUGAGGACAAUAUUUACAUUUUUGAUGAGCCUGAUGAUGAGUUGGAAGAGUUCGAGGAAAUGGGUAGUACGGCUCAGAACAUAGACACGGACUUGGAAAACUGGGAAGAAGACUGGGGAGCAGCAGGCUGGGAUGAUGAUGAUGAUGAUGACGAUGACAAGUUCAUUAUGAAAGUGCAGACAGAGUUGCAAAAUUUUAGAGCCAACUUAGAUGCAGAAAAGGAUCUGAAGAAGUGA